GCCAUUUUCAACAGCUAUGCAAUCCGUAGUUCCCUUCGUAGCCGCUCAAGGAAGCAGAUGGCAAGACCGUCGUGCCCGUCCCUGGCGCUGCUCUUUUCCGGUCAAAUCUUUUCCGUGUCGUACGACAAACUGCCAAGAUGAGUGAAGGCACUGCGACGAUCAGGACCCGAAAGUUUAUGACCAAUCGGCUACUAUGCCGAAAACAAAUGGUUGUGGAUGUGCUGCAUCCUGGACAACCAUCAGUGCGCAAAACAGAGGUCCGUGAGAAACUGGCCAAGAUGUACAAAGUGACUCCAGAUGUAGUCUUUGUUUUUGGAUUCCAAACUAAUUUUGGAGGUGGUAAGACCACAGGUUUUGGUCUUAUCUACGAUACUUUGGACUUUGCCAAAAAGUUUGAGCCUAAACACAGGUUGGCCAGGCAUGGACUUUAUGAAAAGCAUAAGCAGACGAGAAAGCAGCGCAAGGAACGCAAGAACAGAAUGAAGAAGGUACGAGGUACCAAGAAGACCAAGGUUGGAGCCGCAGCCAAGAAGGCAAAGAAGUAGACAAAUGCACAUCAUUCACAUUACAAUUCUGUUUCUCAAGAGAGAGAAAUGGCAAGAGGAUGUCUCAUAUUUAUGAUGUUUAUUCAUGGUCCGCAUGUCUUCGCAACAGCUGCUAUCGAUGGGACACUGUUUUAUUGUUAUUUUCAAUAUUCUAUAGCUUGCUCAAUAACUUACCACACAUUUACAAAGCUCGACUAUCUCAAAAGUGAAUUUCGUAUGAAUCCUUCGGAUUAUUUCUGUCUAAUGUUUAGUACACGAAUUCAGCAAGCUCUUAGGAUCAUUGAAUUCUGUAAGCUUAUUCAUUCGCUACCUGUUCAUUCAUUUUAAGAUUGACAUAUUCUAUGUGCUGCAUCAUAGAAAAUGUACAAACACGCAGUUCAUGAUUUACAAUUUACUUGCUGGGUACUUCUCAUUAUCCAUUGGCCAUAUGUUUUUAUUUUUCGACCUCUUUUGUAUUCUGAUUCAAUCAAAUGCAUGAUAAUAUCGUACUCUUGCUGAACACCUGGUAAUUUUUUUGUAUUAUCACCAAAAUGUAUGUUGUCACAGGAUUCAACCUCCCAUCAUAUAAUUUAUUUACUCAUUAUCUUGUAAAUCAUAAUACUGCAUGCAUCUGGUGAAGGGUUAAGUUUAUUAUAUCCACAUUCAGUUUAUUACCUUAUCAUUAUCUCUGUCGCAAUCUGGUAUGAGGGAAAAACUGAAAUCUUACCAAACUAUCUUUCUGGUUGUGUUAAUUUAUUCUUAAAUUGUAAUGGAUUUAUUGAUGUAGUUACUUCACCAUCACAGAUAUUCAUUGUGAUGCAAAUAGCGUGUUGCAAAUUUAACACAGGACAUAAAUCCAUUACGGUUUGUUAAUGAAAGAUACUACAUACAAUUUUAUUAUUGCACUUGGUAAUCAUUUUGGGUAGCUUGAUUUCAACACCAUUUGUCCUUUGUAAAAAUAAAUUCAUGGUAAAAUUCGUGCUACAUAUAAUUUCAAGCUUACGCAGAAUAGAGUCUACUACGAACAAUGAGAAUUAUUCCAUUAAUUUGCUUUCAUCAAGUUAUAAAAAAAAUAUACAUUAUACUGACAAUUUUUAGUUAGUUAAAAGUUGAUUCACUUAGUGCAAGUUAUAGGAGUUAUUCUCUUGUCCAAAAUUAAUUCGUCUAUGCGAAUUCACUGUGCUUUGAAAAAUAGCAAAAAAUUUAUCUUUCAUCAUUCAAAUGAUCUAUCAAGAUUAUUCACUGAUUUUGGCAAAACAAUGUUUUUUUUCCUUCUCUUAUUGCAGUAAAUCCAUCGACGUCUGCACCUUGACAUGAGGCAACCACAUGUAAACAUUAUUAUAAUAUUAAAUAAUAAAAGCCCAUCUUUGUGAUGUCAACUUUUAA